AUGAACUCUACGCACUCUGAAGCACAGGUUACACAAUCAGGGCAGGCAAUAAGAAUCAACAACAGCACAGCAAUGACCUUAUCUAGUCUGUUUUCCACAUGCAUAGGACCUUUUGGAAGCUACAAGGCCUUGAUCUCACCUGGACAGACACUCAGGAUAGUGAAAGAAGGGAAUAUGCUGUGCAAGGAGAUACAAUUCACACAUCCUACGUCUGUUAUUAUAACAAGAGCAGCAACGUCUAUGUACAGUACUUUUGGUGAUGGGUCGUCUUCAUUGAUUGUGAUGUGCAGUGAGAUAUUUAGCGCGGCGUUCAGACAGUUCUGUGAUGGAGUAGCAAUAUCAAGGAUAUGCAAUUCACUGCAAUUAUGUUUAAAUGAUGUGAUGGGGCAUAUUAAAAGUGCUGAGAAACCGUAUGAGGAGGGCACACUGAGAAUGAUGGCGUACUAUACAAUACGAACGAAGGUUGAUGAGGAGGAGGCGCACAAGCUGGCACAGAUUCUUGCAGUGGCUGUUGAGAAUGUGUCACAGUCGCCGUAUUUUGAUGUGAAUAUGGUUGAAGUGAUAAAGAUGCAAGAGGGAGAUGUGUCUGAGACAGUGUAUGUUGAUGGUCUUGUACUUGAUCACGGAGGUAGACAUUAUGGAAUGCCGAGCAGUCUUGAAGACGUAUGCAUACUUGUGACUAACAUGUCACUUGAGUAUGAGAAGCCUGAGAUUAAUGCAGAGUUUUGUUAUAGUUCAUCAAGGCAAAGAGAUGAACUUGCAGAGAAAGAAAGAGAAUUUAUUUUACAAAAGGCAAGGGCAAUUGCUGAAUUUGGAAAGAGAUUGAAGGAAGUGCAUGGAAAGAGCUUGCUUGUAGUGACAGAGAAGGGUAUUGAUCCGUAUUCACUUGAAGUGUUUGCAGAGGCAGGGGUUUUGGCACUGAGACGAGCGAAAAGAAGGAAUCUUGAAAGACUGGUGCGUAUGUGUGGAGGAAGUGUGAUCACACAGAUUGGGCAGAUGAAUGAGAAGGUGCUUGGAUACUGCAAAAAGGUUAGUAGCAGAAAGAUAGGUGAGGACGUGUUUACAUUUGUUGAGGGAACGCCAUUCAAAGGAUCAUGCACGAUCUUGAUCCGUGGAAAUAGCCAGCAUGAGAUGAGCAGGAUGGAGUCUGGAAUCAAGGGUGCGCUGAAGAGCCUGCAUGUGUCGAUGAAAGACAAAACCUAUAUUGAAGGAGGGCUUUCAUUGUAUAGAUCGCUUGUUUUAUAUGUCAGAUCGAGACUGGAUGUGGUUUCUGAAAAGGAUGUUGUUGGCUAUAAAAUAAUGGAGAGUGUAUUUUUGAGCAUGAUGAAAAUUCUACUCAAGAACUCUGGAAUGGAUGUGCAAGAUGAGCUCAUUAAGAUCCUUAGAGGUGCACAAUGCGCGUCUGUUAUUGACAACUUUUCUGUUGUAUCAUCAGUGAUUUCGAAUGCAACUGUUGUAGCCUCAAGUCUGCUGUUAGUUGAUGAAAUAAUCAAGGCAGGAAAGCCUAUAAAGGAAAGCAAACCCGAGAAUAAUUAA